CUGCACUACUUCGACAUGCUCUACCCCGAGGACACGGCCUGGGCCACCAAGGGCGCCGGGGAAGCGUCCCACAGCAGCCAGGGAGGGCGGGAGGAGGCGCGGAAGGAGCCGGAGCAAUGUCCCAUCAUCGACAGCCAGGGGCUGGGGCUGGGGCCCGAGGGGGACCUGCAGGACAGCCUGCACCUGGAGGAGCACUCGCUGGAGCAGGUGCAGAGCAUGGUGGUCGGCGAGGUGCUGAAGGACAUCGAGACAGCCUGCAAGCUCCUCAACAUCGCCGCAGACCCCACGGACUGGAGCCCCGGGAAUGUGCAGAAGUGGAUCCUGUGGACGGAGCACCAGUACCGGCUGCCGCAGAUCGGGAAGUCCUUCCAGGAGCUGUCGGGAAAGGACCUGUGUGCCAUGUCCGAGGAGCAGUUCUGCCAGCGCUCGCCCGCCUGCGGCGACAUCCUGCACGCCCACCUCGACAUCUGGAAGUCUGCCGCCUGGAUGAAGGAGAAGGCUGCUCCUGGAGAUGUGAGAUACUGCGGAGGUGACACCAGCUGGGCAGACAGCGAGGUGGACUCGUCCUGCGCCGGCCAGCCCAUCCACCUCUGGCAGUUCCUCAAGGAGCUGCUGCUGAAACCGCACAACUACGGGCGCUUCAUCCGCUGGCUCAACAAGGACAAAGGCAUCUUCAAGAUCGAGGACUCGGCGCAGGUGGCCCGGCUAUGGGGCAUCCGCAAGAACCGCCCGGCCAUGAACUACGACAAGCUGAGCCGCUCCAUCCGGCAGUACUACAAGAAAGGAAUCAUCCGCAAGCCCGACAUCUCCCAGCGCCUCGUCUACCAGUUCGUCCACCCGGUGUGAGCGGCGGCGGGACCGGCUGAGCUCCGGGAGGGACGGGGGAACUUGGCUGCCUCCCUCUGCCCCAGCCACAGAGACCCUCUGCCAGCAGCAAGGACCUCGGCUGCGGGGCGAGGCUUCCCCUGCCAGGACCUGCUGGCAACGGACACAGGGACCCCCUCACCUCCAGCAGGCCCUGCAAGGACUGUGCAGAGCCCUCGCCUCGCGUGGGAAGGGUGGGCACGGUGCCUGAGCUUGUCCUCCCUCCUCUCUUCCCUCCCGGGUUCUGGCUGUAGGUGGUUUCACCUCAGCCAUUGUUCAGGGAGGAAAAAGCCUGGGGCAUGAGCUGAGACAAUGGAACCCACAGGGACAGGGACACCCACUGCUGCUCAUGGUGGGGUCCUGUCCCAAUCCCUGUGGGAGAAGCCUAGCACCAACCGAGGGUGCUGCCUGCCGUGGGAGCUGUGCCACUGGGGACUGUGGGCACCCCCUUGGGCCAGGUGCAUCCCCCCUUUGGUUUUCACUCCAGGACAUGCUCAACUUCUCCCCUUCACAGGGAUUCAGGGCUGCAAAUGGGAGUUCUGCAAAGGGGGCAGCUGUAAAUGUGGGUGUGGGGCUGUGCACACAUCCCCAAGCUGGGUCCCUCAUCCUUGUGCACAGGACCACCAGAGUCCUCCUAAGACCCCAGGUUCUGUGCCCUGGCACAAAGCUCUUCCCUUAAUUCAGAUUUUACUUGGACUGCCUGAUUCCGGAGUUUGGGGGAAUGAAGAUGGCAGCUUUGCCAUUUCCCUCUGCCCAAUAAAUCCAGAGUGUGAUCCGC